GGGCCAUUCGAGCCCGCGAUUGAUGAGUUUUAAGUGACCCCAGACGUGUAAGUGUGUCUUCUAUAGGGUGACCCCUGCGAAGAGACCUUCCCGACCCCCAGACAAAGACCAAGCUCGUGCAGCCUAGCAGAUACCUAUUGUUUCAUUUAGCGAGGAACAAAUCUAUCGCGGCCAUUCUACGCAGAAAAUUAGCUGCUUUUUGUCUGUGUCAACAGGCUCUUGGAGUUAAAGUAAUAUUGGCACCGUGGUCAAACAUAACUUGUUAUUAUUACACUCUGUGAGUGACCGUGUCUAAAUAAUAUUUGUAUCUACACGGUAUAUCGUGGAACAUUUGUGUAGGGGACUUUAAGAGGCUUAUGUGAAUACACGAAAAAGGAAAGAUGUCUAGUUCUGACCGUGGGUUCGGUGAUCAUGGAGAAUGGACUAUAUGACGAGCACUUUGCCUCAGACGAGCGGUUUGGAGGGGUAAAGUACUCGAAACGUAGCAACGGUCGGAGCAGCCCUAGCCACAGCGCUCACGGGAACCUGUUCCGUCACAGCCUCAUGAAACACUCGGACGACAAGCGCGCCAUGAAAGUUCGCUUCUACAGGAACGGGGACCGGUUCUUUAAGGGAAUCGUGUACGCUGUUUCCGCUGAGCGCUUCCGGACCUUUGAGUCACUGAUGGCGGAAUUGACUUCGAGUCCGGUGUGUGAUAAGAACAUCCUGCCGAACGGAGUACGGUACAUCUUCACGGCGGAAAACGGUCACAAGAUCCGGACCCUGGACGAACUAGAGGAGGGCGAGAGUUACGUGUGCGCGUCCACGGAUGUGUUCAAACACCUGGAUUACACGUGCAUGCAGGGUCCACACUGGAACGUGAACAACAAGGCCCGGGGGAGCGGGCCGUUACUGGGACAUCUCCAGGGCCCGGAGAGCGACUUCAAGGACUACGUAAAGCCCAAGUUAGUGACGGUGAUCCGGAACGGACCCAAGCCCCGGAAAGCCGUCAGGGUGCUGUUAAAUAAGAAAACGGCCCAGUCUUUUGACCAGGUCCUCGCCGACAUCACAGAGGCCAUUAAAUUGGACUCUGGGGCGGUCCGCAAAAUCUUUACCCUAGACGGAAGACAGGUGUCCACGUUGAGGGAUUUCUUUGGGGAGGAGACCGUGUAUAUAGCGUACGGUCAGGAGAAACUCUGUCAGGACGACUUUGAUCUCGAUGACAAUGAAGUUAAACUGGUGUCUCCAUAUAGACCCGUGCAAUUCACGGAGAGGGUGACUCUGAGGUCACCAAAGACGUCACGUCCGGCGAGCAAGUUGUCUCUCUCCAACCGUAGUCUCAACGAAGAUGUCCUUUCCAAGCGUUCACCCACAGGAUCAAAGUCUCCAUUGUCAUCCCCCAGAACCGGAAGAAAGCUCCGCGCUGUCUCCGCACCAAAAUAUCGAAACGGUAAUGGAGAAUCGCCGGAUGAAUCAGAGAACGGGCCAGCUGCAUUACGGGCCAAAUACGACGUGGGGAGGGUGAUUGGGGAGGGGAACUUCGCCGUGGUCAAAGAAUGCAUGGACAGAGCUACGCGGAAAAUGUACGCUUUAAAGAACAUUAACAAGAGAAGAUGUAAAGGAAAGGAACACAUCAUAGAGAACGAAGUGGCAAUACUAAGACGAGUAAACCAUCCGAACAUCAUCUUACUGGUGGAAGAGUUUGACACCAAGGACAGUUUGUAUCUAGUCAUGGAGUAUGUCAAGGGAGGGGACCUGUUUGAUGACAUCGCCCUGUCCACUAAGUACACAGAGAGGGACGCCAGCAGUAUGAUCAACAACCUGGUGCACGCCCUCAAGUACCUCCAUAACUUACGCAUCGUCCACCGGGACGUCAAGCCAGAGAACCUGCUGGUCAUUGACCACUCUGAUGGAUCCAAGUCGCUGAAGCUCGGGGACUUUGGUCUGGCCACGUACUGCGAGGAUCAGCUGUUUACAGUAUGUGGUACCCCAACCUAUGUGGCGCCGGAAAUUCUCUCUGAAGUCGGGUACGACUUCAAGGUCGACAUUUGGGCAGCAGGAGUCAUUCUCUACAUCCUUUUGUGUGGAUUCCCGCCCUUUGCAAGCCCCAGCAAUGACCAAGAGGAGCUGUUUGAUCAGAUCGCUGAAGGAAGAUACGAGUUCACCAGUCCUUAUUGGGAUGAUGUGUCCGAGUCGGCAAUGGAGCUGAUAAGCGAUAUGUUAGUGGUGGAUCCCGCGGAUAGACUGUCGGCGGUGGACAUACUGGGGCACCCCUGGGUAACCGCGGAGACGGUGAAAGACGAAGAACUGUCUGUCGGGGAAAAUAUCCGACACUUUUCCCGGCGGGAUAAGCCGUCCCGGAGCCGUGCCGGUAUCCGGUUGGUGGCGAGCACGCCGUUGGACCACCCCUCACGUUAUUUCCAGGGACGGAGGGCGGGGCUUACUGUCCCCAGCAAACAACAAACGAGUACUGAGGGAGAGGAUGAAGACGAGAUCUUCUAGGGUCAUCCAUUACAAUUUAUAAAUAGACAGGAGACCAUUUAAUGCUUUUUCAUUAUUUGCCUUUGAAAUCCAUGGAGUCAGCCCAAAAAAUAAUCCCAGGAAUUUUACGUUUGCCUCGCUUUCGAUGGGUCGAUUAUCACGUGACUUAUUUAUUGAUGGUGCUUUCGUAGUGGUUUUACUACACAGCUUUAAGUGAGCAGUAUUCAGUAUUGAUGUAUUAUUGAAAUGUUGAUGUAAAUAAAUAAAAAUAUCUUGAA